AUGUAUGAUUCCACAAUAAACUUCACACUGGAUACAAUGUGUCCAUUGACAUAUUUAGUCAAGAACCGAAAAUGGGAAACAAAGGAAUCUAUCUAUACCUUCACAAUCGUCUACCGUCCAUACCAACUCUACCCCGAAGCCAGCCAAGAAGGAGAAGAUAGGUACGAAUGGUACAAGAAGUCUCGCUAUGGCGACUCGGAAGAGAAAAUGCAGACGUACAUCACCCUGAUGACGGCGUAUGGAGCCACGGCUAGCAUCGACUACAAAUUCAACGGCACCGUCGCAAACACCCUCAACGCACACCGCGUCAUCCAGUACUCCCAAGCGAAAUCCGGGCCCGCUGUGGCAGACAGAUUGACCAGCUCCCUCUACCGCCAGUAUUUCGAGGAGGAGAAACACCCGAGUAGCAAAGAGACGCUGAUGACCGCAUGCCAGAAGGCGGGGAUCGCGGAGAAGGAGGCUGCGGAUAUCAUCGGAGACGCGUCUGAAGGGCUGGUGGAGACAAAGACGGCCAUUCGGGAGCAGGCUUCGAAUGGGGUUGAUAGUGUGCCGUAUGUUGCGAUCGAGGGACGCCGGCGGGAUCUGACCAUCCAGGGGGCAAGUGAAGUGCACGAUUAUUUCAAGGCGCUGAACCAGAUCUUUAAAGAAAGCGUCUAG